AUGGGCGUAGGCGGUGUUAUUUUGUCUGUUCGCGUCUGCUUCUCCAUCAUCUUUCUCAGUCUCGCUCUGGCGUUAGGACACUGGCCUUGUGGCACCCUCACAGACAGCUGCUUGAGUUCGUCAGAUAGUGAGAUUUAUGGAAAAAUUAGAGCCCUCCUCAUCAGCAGCCUGGCAUUAAAUUGCGUGGCCUUCGUGGUCGGCAUUCUUGGCGCCGUUUUUGGGGAUGCAAUCAGCGGAGGUGGCCAAACACUCUCCGGGAUUGGAGGCAUCCUGGCCUUGGCCGCUGUCGCCUACUAUUACUCCCACCUGGAUGAAAAUUACAGUCCCAUGCUGGCUGUCAUGGGAAUGUGCUACUCCUUGUGA